UCGAGGUUUAUCAAACAAGUUUCUAAAUGAGUCCAUUUUCGGCAAAAUAAUGUGUUAAGCGGCAUUUACAUUUACGAGUACUCGGAUCCGAGCAACUCGGAUAAACACUACGAGUAGAAUUGUGAAUGUUUAGAUUUGUAUGAGCAGCUCGUAUAGUUUGGAAAUUUUAAAAAUUGUUCCCUCCAAGAAUAAACGAGCUGCUGUCGCGUUAAUAUUAUUAAAUAUUCUAAAAAAAGAAGCGAGAAGAAAAAGGUUACACAGAAUAGAAGCAUCUGGGUGAAACCACAUUUACAAGAGCGUCACAGAGUGGGUAUUGAGCAAACUUUGCUCACUGAUUUACUAGCACAAGACGGAAACGAUUUUAAAAACUUUAUGCGCAUGGAAUAUGACACGUUUAUGAUGUUAUAUGACAAGUUCCGAAUUACGUCUUGCAAUAACAUUAAGAUUUCUUGCAACUGGAGAUAGCUACAGGUCCUUAGAAUACUUAACAAGAGUAUCAGCUUCUACAAUUAGUUUACUUGUCCCUCAUGUAUGUCAAGCUGUCUACUCGCACUUGAAGCCAGAAUAUAUGAAGGUACCUUGCACUGAAGAUGACUGGAAAAAAAUUGCCGACGAAUUUAGAAACAAAUGGAACUUUCCCAACGCUAUUGGUGCUAUAGACGGAAAACAUAUUGAAAUAGAAGCUCCCCCAAACGCAGGAUCUUAUUACUUUAAUUAUAAAGGCACACAUAGUAUCGUCCUUUUAGCUUUGGCAGAUGCAGAAUGUAAUUUUUUAUAUAUAGAUGUUGGGUGCAAUGGACGCAUGUCGAUGGAGGUAUAUUCAAAAAUUCUACCUUAUAUAGAGAACUAUAUGAAGACCUGUUAAAUAUACCAUCUGAUGAGCACCUUCCAAAUCGCGUCAAACCCGUACCUUAUGUUAUUUUAGGAGACGACGCGUUUGCUCUUUCAAAAAAUUUGCUAAAACCGUUUCCUAGGAGCAAGUUUCUUAGUGCAAAACAAAAAGUUUUUAAUUAUCGACUUUGUCGUGCUCGUCGAGUAGUGGAAAACGCAUUCGGAAUCUUAGCAUCAUGCUUUCGCGUAUUUAGGAAACCAAUUUGUUUAGUCGAAAAUAUUGACAAAAUUGUCUUAUGUGCAUGUGUCUUCCAUAUUUUUUUAAAAAAACAUUGUAAAAUUACUGCAAUCAAUACUGAAAAUGAGGAUAUUGGGUCAAUAAUGAAGAGUAUACCCCAUCAAGGAAGUAACAAUACAAGUGACAUAGCACGCUCUGUUCGCGAUGAAUUUGCAGAGUAUUUUUAUAAUGAGGGACAGACUGAUUUUCAGUGGAAAUACA